AGGGGAAGGGGUUGAAAUUUGUUAGCGAGAGAAAAAAGUUAGAUUCAUUUUAGUUCUUUACCGCAUGGCUAUCCUGCUGAGACACGACGAAAAAUGUCGCAGAAUAUCCAUUCGCAAUAUGGCUCUAGUGUAAUAAAAUUUACUUUUCCGUGUGGCGGUGUUUGUCAUUUGCGAGUGACCCAAGACACCAAGCAAAAAUUUGAAGCAGAACCCGAAUAUAGGGCAGAAAUGAUCGGCAAAGCCCAUCAACAUUUUUUGAAACAAAAAGCUGAGAAACAGUUGAUUGAAGAGAAGAAAAAGAUAGAAGAGGAAAAAGAGAAGGAAAUGGAAAAGCAGCAGGAAGAGACAUUUAGAAGGAGUGAUAAUGAGUCUCAAGGAGAAAAUAUGCCCGAUGAAGAAGCAAUCGGUGCCCCUCUGCCAGGCCGUUCCAUUAUCGAGGUGCCUUCGCGGAGCCAUUGCGCAUCGCGGGUAGUCGUCGAUGGCGCUAUGAUAAGGGUAUUGCCAAAAAAUGCGGGUCCUACCCGUGGUGACAUUGCAAAGGCCAGGGGUUCAAAGAGAAAAGCGACGACAAAACCAACCCCUACCGUUAAAAAAAAAAAAAUUACGUUUCAGGUUCCCAGCCAACGUCAAACCGCUGAAGCGGAGCAUUCCAUUUAUGAAUUAUCAGAUCACGACGACGUUCACAUCAACGACGAUCCGAUGGUGCAGGAAGAUGAGGCGGACGAAUCGGAUUCAGAGGAGACGACGGUUAAGUGGUCAGUUCGCCAAACUGCCCUAUUGCUUGACACAUUUCAGCAAUUCAAGCCACAAUUGGAUCAGCCAUACUCCAAAAAGCUAAAAAUAUGGCAAAAGAUGACUAAAGCUGAGGGACUUGUGGCUCUUGGCAGAACUCCAGCCCAGCUUUCAAAGAAAAUUUAUAAUCUGAAGCGUACGUGGCGGUUGAUGAGGAGGCCUGGUGCCGAUUCGAAAGCAUGGCGAUGGACGGAUCGUAUGAAUGAAAUAUUCGGGGAAGACGCAACAAUCAAAUUGCUUCACGUUGCCGAGGUUAAUGAUGGAGGGGGCAAGGAAAAGCUACCACCGCAUGUGGAUAACUCUGCUCGAAAAAAAAUUGACUGGAAGGCGGAUAUACUUGUUAUCGAGAAGGAAAGAGUUGAAGUGCUGAAAGAAAUGGUGUCUGGGCAAGCCCAAAAAAAUGCAAUAUUUGAUCGUUUGACAUCGGCUAUUGAGAAAAUAGCAGAAAAGUAA